AAAUUGGCAUCUAUGACCUAUGUGUCAAUUGUUAAAUUAUUCGCAAUUUGCUGCCACCUAUCAGGAUGUAACCUGGAAAAUGAGAAUACAAACAAACUAUUGUAAUCGAAAUUGGUUUUGGCCACCCAAACUCAAGUGAAUGAUUUCAUGCUAUAUGUCAUAAUAGAAUAAAGAUACUACAAUUUAAGUGAUUUUUUUUUAUAAAUACUAGUGCAGCGUGGUGAUUGGAGAAAUCAAAUAGAGCUAUAGAUAUAUGGCAGAGCUUUUUGUGAAUCAGGGAAAGGAAUACGCAGAUGCAAGGCCAAGUUAUCCACCACAACUCUUUCAAUUCAUAGCUUCUAAAACUCCCUCUCACAACCUUGUUUGGGAUGUUGCUACUGGAAGUGGCCAAGCCGCCAAAUCUUUAGCUGCAUUGUACAAGAAUGUCAUUGCUACAGAUGUUAGUGAACAACAACUUGAAUUUGCAACCAAGCUCCCUAAUGUGCAAUACAAACACACCCCUUCAACAAUGUCCAUUCCCGAGCUUGAACAAAUUGUAACACCACAAGGAACCAUAGACCUUGUGACUAUUGCUCAAGGCCUUCAUUGGUUUGACCUCCCAAAUUUCUAUCAACAAGUCAAAUGGGUACUCAAGAAACCUCAUGGAGUCAUUGCUGCUUGGUGUUACUUUUUGCCAAGAAUUAGUGAUGAAGUAGACACUGUCUUUGAUCAAUUCUAUUAUACUGAUUCACAACCUUACUGGGAUUCCGCACGUAAAUUGGUUGAGAAAAACUAUAGAAGCAUUGAUUUUCCAUUUCAGGCAGUGGAUGGAGUUGAUCAUACAGGACCAUUUGAGUUUGUGACAGAAACAUUCAUGAGUUUUGAUGGUUUGUUAACAUAUAUAAAAUCAUGGUCAGCUUAUCAGACAGCAAAGAAGAAGGGUGUGGAGCUUCUUGGUGAGGACGUAGUUGAAAAAUUUAAGCUUGCUUGGGGUGAAGAUGGCCACAAAACUGCCAAGUUUCCAGUUUAUCUGAGAAUUGGAAGAGUUGGAAAUGUCUGAAUAUGUGGAAGUCCAGCUAGUUCUUACUUUGAAGGUGCAACAUCAAAAUAAAAGAAAGAUGCAGUGUUAUUGUGUCAGACUCAACCUCCAAAAUGAACAAGCAAGAAUUUCUUAUGUUGCAUUGCUCAGUUGCUCAUGUUUAUUCACUUGUUAGAAAUAAAAUCUCAUGAUUGUUUGCUGAUAUAAAUUGUAUUUUCGCAAACAAUUUAGUUCCUGUAUUAGAUUUUAAUCCUUAAAUUGUAUUUUCUUACUCAAACACAUGAACCAGAACUACCAUUAAAGCACCUGUAUCACUUCAAUCUUAUUAGACCAUAUGGAAUUUGCGUUGAAAGAAACUUGAUAGCACUUUCUUAUGAAUA